CCUAAAUGGAAGGCGACAGUCGAUGAAAGGGAGUGGGUGUUGAGUGAUUUUUAUUUUGGUAAUUAUUUUAGUAAUUAUUUUAGCAAUUAUUUUGGUAGCUUAUGAGAACACCAACUUAAAGGCUAUAACAGCUCGAUGGUGCACGGUUAUAAGGCCGCAUGUAAAGCUCUCUCUGCUCGCUGGCUUGGAAACACACCGGACGUGUCUGCCUUUAUGCGUUUGUAUCGUGUCUCUUGUAGUCUCUCUAAAAUGUUAUUUAAGAAAAAAGGGAAACCGCGUUUUACUUUUGCAUCUGGACAUCCGUGUGCCAGGACGGAGGCGAAUUGCGGAACGGAAACUCUGCCGCGUUUCACAGGCCUGCGGAGGCCGAUGGUCAGAGAGUUGUGCACCACCAGCAAAGCAAUGCAGUAUGAUGGGAGCAGGUCAGAAAUCACAAAGCCUGGUCACAGAAAGCUUCUCUUUGAUACACAAGCACUUGUUCGACUCCUAGAAGACAGCGGGUUCACAAUCCAACAGGCUAAAGUUUUCGUUAAUAUGCUGGUCAACACAACCAACUCCAACAUGGAUAUAAUGUAUAAUGACAUGGUCACAAAGACUCAGCAAGAAAUCAUGUUGCAGAAAGUUAUGUCUCAUAUUGCUGCUGUGAAAAAAGACAUGAUCAUUUUGGAAAAAAGUGAGUUUUCAACAUUACUGGCAGAGAACGAAAGAAUCAAGGUGGAACUUGCACAACUGAACAUGCAGCUCUCUGAUAUGAUGAAUAAAGUAUGUCUAGAUAACAAGCUGGACGUGAACUUGGAAAAGAGCCAAGUGAAAGAAAUGAAAGCAGAACAUGAAAGGAAGCUUCUUCAAACAAGGCAUGAUGUGAUGGAGAUGAUGGCUGAGCAAGACCGCCAUGUGACUCAGAAUAAUAUGAAAAUUGACACAGAAGUGGCUGGCCUGAAAACGAUGCUAGAAUCCCACAAACUGGACAGUAUCAAAUAUCUAGCAGGGUCCGUGUUCACGUGUCUUACAGUAGUACUGGGAUUCUAUCGCAUAUGGAUGUGAAUUCAGGGAGUUGAUUACGGUCUCACUGAACAGUUGAUGCCUCCAAAAAUAAAAAAUAAAAUCAACACAACCUCACAUUCAAAAGGAGUCACUUGCAGUCAGCCGAUGAGGACAUUCCAGUAAGGACUGCCACUACUCUAGCAGAUGAGUCAUUGGUUGGGUCAUUUCUACCGCUCCUGAGUCUAUGGAAAACUUUUCAGUGUCAUCAUUGCUACACACAUUUCUGCCGCUAGCCAUAUUGUUUUAUUUACAUUGAACUUCGUCACUGUACUGUAUGCUAGGUUUUUUGGCAUAUUACAACCUGACUAUAUGCAUUAUAUGUUUGAGACUCAGGCUUAUGUUGUCUUUUGGUGGGCCCAAAUGUAAUCUCAGUGAUUUUGUUUUUAUUGACUUCAGUCUCAUUGAUUGUAUGGACUGAAUUAAACUCAAAACAUUAUUGAAUUAUAUAUUAUAUAUCUACAUAAUUUUGAAUGAAAUGUAUGGUUCAUUUGUGUAUGUGUAACCUUUAAAAAAAAGAUUCCCAGAAAAGCUGACAUUUAUUUAUAGUGCUGGCACUGGCCCACUGAUUACAGUUUGAGUGGGUUUUUAAAUUUUUAAUAAAUUUGCAACAAUUGCAAACAAACUUUUUUCACUUUGUCAUUAUGGGUUAUUUCGAGG